UAAAUAUAAAUUCUUCUUUUGAAAAAAUAAGCAAAGUAGAAGUUCCCUCUGGAAGAUCAUAGAACAAGUUUCUUUCUCUCUCUCUCUCUGAGUAUCUCACUCCGCCGCCGCAAUCGGCAGCUUCUCCUCCUCCUAUCGUAUAGUUGGUGUCUUAAAGUUAUAAACUUUGAACAAAUUAGGUGCUGCUUUUGGCUCUUGCUUCUCAAGAUUGCUCCUUGGUUUUGGCUAUGGCAGACUCUAUUGUUACCUCUGAUAAACCUUCCACGUCGUCUCCUCUCGAUACUCCUCGAAUAAUCUGCCAUGUAUGUCAGAAGCAAUUUUCCCAGUAUACUUGUCCUCGAUGCAAUUCGCGAUACUGUUCUUUGCACUGCUACAAGUCUCAUAGUCUUCGUUGUACUGAAUCCUUUAUGCGGGAAAAUGUUGUUGCGGAACUUCAACAUCUGCAACCUAAUGAUGAAACUAAAGAGAAAAUGCUGGAUAUACUAAAAAAAAUUCAUUCAGAAGAAGAAACAGAAGACAUGGAUGAACAAGAUUCAACACUUUCUGAGGAGACCAUUAACAAGAUUAUGUCUGGAGAUCAAAUCAGUUUCGAUGAUUUAUCUUCAGAAGAAAAGAAACAAUUUCAAAGAGCUAUUGCAUCUGGAGAAUUGAGUAAGUUAAUUGAGCCUUGGGAACCAUGGUGGCUGAGGCCUUCUGCAAGGACGAUAUCACUCAGCAGAGAAGGUACUCAACUCGUGCAGCCAGUUAACGAAGAGGAAACAAUGACAUCACCAGAAUCCAGUUUAGAAAGCAACCAAACCGAAAUUCCUCCUGGCCCAGAUACCCCACUUCCUCCACUCAGCAAUCUAAGUUCCACACAACCGUCGCCACUUUUAGCUGUACAUCUCGUUGACAUUAUAUACAGCUAUUGUUUCACGCUACGCCUCUACAAUGGUGAUUGGAAAUCAAAUGCUGCAGAAUCUGCCUUGGUGGUGUUAAGCGUGUCAUCUGUAUUGGGUCAAUGUGCACAACCCGAAACAGUGUUGGAGGCUUUGUCUUACUGCCUCGAGCAAACCUGUUCCCCGGCUUACAGACAGAUAGGAGGCUUGCAAUUCGGUUUAGGCCUUAUUGAUGAUGUAGUAAGCUUACUUACUUUAGGUAACAAUGCCCUAUUGUGCUUACUUUCCGACUUGCAAAGACUUGUUCAAACCGGGGAAAAAGAGCUUAAGGCUGAGAAACCACAGAAAACAAAGAAGGUAGAGAUCAGGAAUAAGCUGAAACUAGCCGAGAGGAAGAUAUAUUUUAUCAUGUGUUGGGUACACGAGCAACCUAGCGAAGCUUGGUCUUCCUUGGCCGCCAUUGUGAGGGCGGAGAAGGCUUCGGCUUCGGCUAUGGAAUAUGUUAGUGUGCGAAGGAAAUUGGAUAAAAAAACAGAACAGAAGAGCAAGGUUAUGAUUGAAGAGAUUGAGUGAAUGAAUCAACAUAGGUGAGUCUCACUCACAAAUGUUCAUAAAUGCAAUUUUUGAACACUCAAAUUUUGACUCUGAAAAUGUAUUGAAGACCUUGAAAAAGCUUAAGUGAGUGAAAAAUGUCACUUCCUAGGUUCAUUUUUCCCAAUAUUUUCUAUGUUAUCUCUCUUGGGAAUUGUCAAUUAUUAAAUUCAUAUGUAUACUCAUGCAAUAAAUUAUUUUAUUUUUUUGGCAAAUAUUAUUUUAGAUCUUAUUGCUUUGUAAAAGUUUAUGAGUAAAUUCUUGUUUUGUUGAA